AGCAACAUGUGGACAUCGAAAGAAACAUUACCUAGCUCUGCUGAGACAAAAGCAACAGUGUUUGAAUUACCAAAAACAGAGCCAACAACGGUGAAGGUGACAAGCACCACAAUUGUUCCUCCAUCUCCUACAACAACGCCAGUUACUGAGCAGGCACAACGUCUAGCACCAGUAUUUAAUCCUCCACAAAUCACCGUGACUGUGGACGAGAAUGAAUCCGAUGUAGAAAUUGCCAAGGCACAACGUCUAGCACCAGUAUUUAAUCCUCCACAGAUCACCGUGACUGUGGACGAGAAUGAGUCCGAUGUAGAAAUUGCCAAGGUUCAUGCCAGCUAUCCAGAUGGUGGUAGUGGAACAGUUUCUUAUGUUCUUCAUAAAGGAGAUGCAACAAUGUUUUCAGUUUCCUCCUAUUCUGGCUCCGUCAUUCUGCUUCGUCCUCUUGACGCUGAGUCUGAUACAUCUUACAUGCUUCAGAUUUCCACAGCUGAAGCAGCUGGCCUAGCUGUUGAUCCAUCGAUGGCACAUUUUGUCUCAAUUACCGUCCACGUCGGUGAUGUGAACGAUUGGAUUCCAAACUUUGAACUUUCCAACUACAGUUUCAUUGUACAGGAGGAUACGAUGCCCGGCACCAUAAUAGGACAAGUUGCAGCUUUUGAUCAAGAUAAACAAGAUCCUAACAAUCGCAUACGUUACCGGUUGGUUAGUGCUGGCGGACUGGAGAAACAUUUUUCGGUGAAUCCAGAGACUGGACUGAUAACACUUGCACUACAAGUGGACGAGUUUGCCGGGGAGAAGAUUACG